AUGAAGGUCAUCAUAGUUGGCGGGGGAAUUGCUGGACUGGCCGCUGCGAUUGGACUCCGUCGUGCCGGCCACAACGUUCAGAUAUUUGAACGCUCCUCGUUUCUUCGUGAAGUCGGUGCCGCAAUCCAUGUCCAGCCAAACGCCUCUCGGAUCCUCUUGCAUUGGGGCUUCGAUCCUAAGAGAGCUCGGCUGGUGACAGGUCUUCGAACGAUGGUAGUACCAGGAACAUCGCUUACGUCGAACGUCGGAGUGGACUGCUCCCACUUUGUUGAGACAUAUGGUGCACCCUGGUAUCUGGCUCAUCGGGUCGACUUGCACUCGGAACUGCGACGCCUGGCGACAACACCAGAUGCGCCCGAAGUCCCCGUGGAGAUCAUCUUGCGAUCUGAGGUCGUCGACUUCGAUGCUGAGAACGGGUCCGUCACUUUGGCUGAUGGAUCGAUUCAUCGAGCGGAUCUUGUUGUUGCUGCGGAUGGUGUGCAUACUACCGCCAUCCACCAGGUCAUCGGCCAUGCUACCCCGGCCGUCGCCACAGGCUCCGCUGCAUUCCGGUUUCUGAUUCCGACGGAGUAUAUUCAGCAAGAUCCUGAGACCGCGCACCUUCUGGAGGAUGGUUUGAUGAGGAUAUACGUUGCGGAAGGUGUGCGACGACUCGUCUGGUAUUCGUGCGCCGAUAACACAGUUGAGAAUUUUGUGGGUAUUCAUUUGUAUGAGAGCAGCGAUGGUCAAAAAGAAGACUGGAACUUGUCCGCAGAUGUCAACGACGUUCUCGCUCAGUUCCACGACUACCAUCCAACGCUUCUCAGAAUUAUCAAAAAAGCAACGAGCGUCAAACGAUGGCCGCUUCUCUACCGCGAUCCCAUCCCAACCUGGAGUCGCGGACGCCUUGUGCUGAUAGGCGAUGCCGCACACCCGAUGCUUCCGCACCAGGGCCAAGGCGGCGCCCAGGCGAUCGAGGACGGGGGUGCCUUGGGAGAGAUCUUCGCGCGCAUGCCGGAUCACCCGACGCAAGACGAGAUCCGGGAUCGUCUAGCGCUAUUUGAAAAGGUGCGUGUUAAUCGUGCGUCUAUAAUAACAAUAUUCUCCAAUGCCGGACAGGACCAGGGGUGGAAGGUCAAGGAACGCGCGGCGCAGUAUAUGCCCGAGAGCAAGAUCCCUUCCUCGCCGCCGGAGUUUAUGGAGCAUAAUUUUCGCUGCGAUGUGCUGGAGGAGAGUCGGCGUCUGCUGGAGUUGUAUCUUGGAGGGUCAGGGUGUCUGAAUUAG